AUGUCUUCAACAGUAUCAUUCUCUCACGAUGUGCCUAUUGUGAUUGUUGGCGCUGGCCCGGUCGGCAUGAUCCUUGCCUAUCAGCUGGACCGCCUAAAUGUACCCUGUCUUCUGGCCGAAAGGUCCCUUGAAAUCAGCAAAUGGCCCAAAUUGGACUUGACGAACCGCAAGUCGAUGGAACUGUUCCGCAUUCUGGGUCUUGCCGAGGAAUACCGAGUAUUUGAGGGCAGUGUAAGCCAGGAUGCGACCUUUGAUACCCAAUUCGCGACAAAGCUAGAUGGCAAGGGACACCUCUUAGCAAAUUGGAAACUGCCAUCGUCUGCAGGCCAAAGAGCUCAUAUUAAGGAUACGAAUGAUGGAACUCAAUGUGCGGAAGCAGGUCAAAGAUGCUUGCAGCCAAUCUUCGAAGGUUGGUUGAGGCAGAAAAUACAAACCAAGAGCAACAUUUCUAGCAAAUUUGGAUGGACCUACUUGGUGCAUACUGAAGGAGAUCAAGGUGUGAGUACAACAUUUGUUGAUCAGAACGGCGAGUAUCACGUUCUGCACAGCAAAUAUCUUAUCGCUUGUGAUGGCGGAGGAAGCCGAAUCCGUAAGACCGCAGACAUUCCAAUGACUGGUGGUCAAAUGCCUUUGAGAAUGCAUCUCGUUCAUUUUAGAUCACGACAAUUUGCCGAGGAGCGGUCUUUCGGAAAAUAUUGGCAUACUUUCUGCUCACAUGGCGGAGUGAUACUUGACCAGAAUGAUGAUGAUAUGUUUACCGCUCAUCUUCCCACGCAUCUGCUCCCAGAGGGCCCAGUCGACCCCUAUGAGGUUGUGUAUCGAAUUAUGGCUUCUGCUGGCCAGCGGCAUGAGAUUAAGAUCGAUGAGAUUUAUGCACACAGUGAAUGGGCACCGAAUUUCAGUAUUGCCAACCAAUACUAUACGGAUAGCAUGAGGGUAAUUCUGGCAGGUGAUUCUGCUCAUCGAAUGCCGCCUCAUGGCGGAUACGGAAUGAACAGCGGUGUCGUUGAUGCUGUCGAUCUUGGUUGGCGAUUGGCCGCGAUAGUCAAAGGCUAUGGUGGCGAACUACUUCUCAAGUCUUACAACAUGGAAAGAAGGCCAAUGCAGAUUCGUACUCUAGAAAGAGCCCAUCGCCAUAUCAUGGAGCAUAUCAAAUUGGCACAGAUGUACCCGACAGAGAAUAACCCGAUUGACGAUGACACGGAGGAGGGCAAGGACUUGCGCGCACGCAUCGGCAAGUUCCUCGAAGAAUCAGGACCAGAAACUGAGGACCGAGGUGUUGAGCUCGACCUUCGUUACCACUCACCCACUCUCUAUCAAGAUGGAACGCCUGAACUGGAGUGGACACCCGACCGGUAUCGUCCCAGCACCCGCCCAGGAUCCCGCGCUCCUCAUGUGUUUUUGAAGGAUGGGGAAACGAGCAUCUAUGAUUUGUUCGGUGCGGAAUGGACUCUGAUUCACUUCGUGGACGAUGACGCAGAGAGUGUUAAUAAGGAAUCUGCGAGUGACCGAAUUGUGGUUGCAGCUGCUAGGCUCAGUAUUCCCAUUUCACGCGUCAUCAUCAGAAACGAGCCCCAUGUCCGCCGCAUUUGGGAACGUAACAUGGUUCUUGUGCGUCCGGACACACAUGUUGCGUGGAGAGCGGACAACAUUUGGGACCUCAAUGUCGAUGAGGUCUUGCAGGUUAUUUCGGGCAAGAAAGAGUUCAGCAGAUUCCAGCCAUCGCGUGCGUCUGCGGAUGCAGAGGCUAGAUUCGAAGCUCUUGUGAAAGGGAUCACUGAUGGUGUAACUGGCGGGGCGACCAUUGCCCAGGAUGACAUUGCAUAA